GGACAUAAACCGCCACGACCGGAAAUGCCUCAUCAUCAUCAUCAUAAACCGCGGCCGCACGAGAGCUCGUGCUCGCGUUCUUCGGAGGGACCAGCAGCCGCAGGCCGUCGUCUCGCCGAUGGAGCUCGGCAAUGGCUGCAGCCAAAAAGCCACAAAGUAGGCAGCUGCCGCGGGCCUUCUCUCACUGACCCUACGUUGUGACUUCGAAAUUCCGCCACUCCCGCCACCCCUGUGACGUGUGCGCGCCCACCCGUAGAAGAGAUCUAAGCAGCUGCCAGGAAGACCGCUUUCGGGUUGUCCACAGUGUAGCAAGGACUAUCUGCAGUACCAACCAUGGCAGGCACGUCCGUUCGCGUCAUCUCGCUGGGCGAUCCCAACGACGUGGCCUGCAUGGACGAAGGCGUGCGCGUGAUCGCCGUCAACCCGUCGGGGCAGCAGUCGAUGGGUCCUUCGUGCCAGUCUUCGCUCACUAAAGUCUUCUGCGGUCCCGUGGAGACGAUCGGCAUGCCAGCGCCCCCUAAGAACAAGGGCUCGCGCCUCGACUGGCGCAUCACGCCCGAGGGCGGUCUCGAGGUGACCGUUGACCGACCGCUGACCAAGGAAGAGGAAGAGAAGCGUGAGCGCGACCGUAAGAGUAAGGCCGCCGGCGCCGCCAGCGCUGCAGCCUCCGCGGAUGCCGCCGCCGGCGCCGCCCCCUGAGCUGCUCCCGCAGCCGCCCCCGCUGCCCCCGCAGCCCACCCGCAGAUGCCGCUGUCCCCCCGGCUGGCAUAGAAAAGCUGAAGAAACAGAUCUGCGACCCGCUGUCGCUUCUGGCCAACAAGCGGCUGCCCAUCUGCUUCGAGACGACGCUCGGCAAGGAGACAGCGCCCGGUCUGACCUCCGUGACCGUCAUCAACGAGCAGCCCGGGAGUCCGGUCAUGGUUCAGCCGCGGGCCGCACCUGUGCCGUCUAGCAGAGGGUUUAGCCCUUCAGGUGUGCAGGUUGUCUGCAGCAGCGACGGCGGCUACCAGUCGCCCACCGUGACGACCUGCAGCGCCAUGGGCGGCGGCGGCGGCAACUUCACCGGAGUGCGCAUCCGGGCCGACUCGUCUUCGUCGAUGGGUCGGCGCUGCGAGCAACUGUUUCCCGACCCGUGUCCCGCCAUGCAGACGAUACGCAUCGUGGACGACGUCGGCGCCGCCAACCGGCGCACUUCGUCCCGCGUCGUGCACAUCUUCGAGGAGCCGCCCUCACCGCCGUGCUCGACGCGAGGCUCGUCGCGCGACCGACAGGUCUCCGCGCGCGUCGUGCACAUCGAAGAGGACUGUCCGGAGUUUCCGUAAACUCCGCGGCGUCCGAGCACUUUGAACGCGCUGGCAAACUGUUAUCAGGAACCGUAAAAGCAAAAUC